AUUAGAAAGUUUUUUUUUUUUUGAAUUAAAUAGGCUAUGAUAUUCAAUUUAUCAAUUAUUUCUCAAAUAUACAAUUGUUCUUCUGCAUUCCCUUCCAAAGUCUCAUGUUCGUAAAUAAUAAAUAGUACAAAACCUACGUCUAAAAAUUUUAUUGAACAAAUAAAUAUUGUAAAGCAUAUCACAAAAAAAAAUUAUAAAUCAAAAUUAUUCACGUGCGAUGCAAGUGUGCCUCAACUAAUAUUUUAAAACUAAUUAUUUCUCGUGCCUGAAGGUACGGAGUAAUAAAAAUGGUCAACAAUUAACAUAUUUGUAUUCACAUCUAAAAUUAAAUUACAAAGAUAGAAGAGAGAAAAAAAAAUUUAAACACCGGUUGUAAUGGAAAUGAAUAGUGGUAGUGGUGGUAGGCGACAACGAUGGUGGUAAAAGACAGUGAUGGUUGUAGUGGGUGGCAACGACUAUGGUGGUGGUGGCAACUGUAAGUGGCCGGCAACGAUGAUAAUGGUUAGUAGUGGUGGUGCGGGGGUAAUGAUGGUGGUGGGUGGCGGUGGGCAACGAGUGGUGGUAAGUUAUGGUAGUGGGCGGUGGCAGUGGGCGACGGUGGUGGUGGGGCGACGACGAUGAUGGGUGCAACAAACUAAUGUUUUACGUUGAAUAAGUUUAUUCGAGAUUUAGAAUUAAUCUAAUGUCAUUCCACGUUGAAUAAGUUUUUCGUUAUAAGAAAGAUAUCAAAUUGAUGAAAUUUUACCAAUGUGGAUGUAACAAACCAGAAAACUUGAUAAAACAAAUUUUUGUUUUUGAAACGGUCAAAACAUUUUUGUUUUGAGAGGAGAUUGAAAUGAAUUAGUGAUUGAAUUAAAUUUUUAAUAUUUUUAAAUAUUUUAAAAAAUUAUUAUAUAUUUAUUUAGAUCAAUAUUUUCAAAAUAUUUUAAAAAUAAAAUUUUGAAAUUUUAUGUUUUUUUAAUUUAAUUUAUUUUUUAAAACUUUUUUCAAUUAUUUUCAAAUGACACCGUCCCAAAUCUAGUCACUCCUUGGUUUCAAAAAAAAAAAAUUUAGUCACUCCCCUCUAUAUAAACAAAAGAAAAAGAUCGAGGGAUUUUAAACACAGAUCAAAUCAAAUAAACAAAACAAAAAGAGUUUUGAGAGUUUAAGUAAAGAUCAAAUCAAAUCUUCUGUCUCUCUCUCUCUCUCUCUAGUGUAGUGUGUAGAGGAUCGAAUGGCAGCGAAGCAGAUGGAAGAAAUUCAGAAGAAAUUAGCAAUGUUGAAUUACCCAAGAGCCAAUGCCCCUGCUCAGUCUCUCCUUUUCACCGGCAUGGAGCGCUACGCCCUUCUUGAAUGGCUUUUCUUCAAGCUAUUGGGCGACAAGUCACCAUUCUCUCAACAAAAUCUACAAGGCGACGCCAUUGAUCACGACGAGGAGACCUCUCGCAUCCAAUAUUUAGCAGAGAUUGCAAAGUUUCUGAGUAUUACCACGACCAUAGAUACAGAGGCCAUCCAAGGACGAGGAAGUUAUGAAGAUCGUACUGAAAUGCUUCGCCUUAUUGUAGACCUUGUGGAGGCAAGCAUCUAUGCUGAUAAUCCUGAUUGGAGUGUUGAUGAGCUGGUGGCGAAGGAUAUACAACUGAUAGAUUCUAUUGCUGAACGACAAGCUCAGAUUUUCUCUGAAGAGUGCAAGUUGUUCCCCGCAGAUGUGCAGAUUCAGUCUAUAUAUCCGUUGUAAGUUUAUUUUACUGGCUCGAUUUUUCCUCAUGGAUUCAUCUUUCUGAUAAAUUGAGAAAGGACUUGUUGAACUGAUGGUUUCACUGUGAUCCUGAAUGAGGGCAUGAUAUAAUCCUGCUGGCAUACUAUUUGUUAUGCAUGGUAGUGGUGGAUAAGUGAUUUGCCAAGAUUGUCCUCAGAUUGAAAAUGUAGGAACUUUUUUUUCAGUCUAUCCAAGGAGGGGCAAGUUUGAGAAGGGACAGGGUUUGUAAAGUUUGUUCUAGGUUGAUGUUUAGGGUUUUAUAAAUACUUAAGAAGUUGGAAUGUCUAUCUUGCACAAAUAUAGGCACACACACACGCGCGCACACACACGUGCGUAGAGAGAGAGAAAGAGAGAGAGAACAUUAUUCUGGAUUACAUCAAGAGUAAGACGGCUGAUUGAAUCUAUCCCUAACAUCAACAACGAAAUGAACACUCCUGUACAAUAUGUACACAACCAGUUUUCUUAACCUCCUAUUUUGACUCUGUUAGUGUUAUAGUGGACCUAACUCUAAACUUCAACUUCUUGAAAAUAAAUAUUUUCUUGAGUGUACUGCGCAUCAUAAUAAAUGAAAAUAUUAAAAAUAUGGAUCAAAUAUCCUAUCACCAAAAUAUGUU